CUCUGAGCUCGGAUUUGCGUGGAGUAGCACUUCGCCUUUUGCGCAGUUGUGCCUGUAACAAUUUUUCGCAUCUCACUUCUCACCAAACGGUUGCGCUCGCAGGCUCGCAGAUUCCAGCGGCUUCUCUCUAGAUCCGCAAGUAAAACCUGAGAAGGAAUCGCUCCUGACAAGGUGCUCAAAUGGAGCACCGGGAGGACGGCCCCCUCCAACUCCAAGAAACAGCCGCCGAUGACCGUGGCAAAUGCUGUGUCGCGUCCCCCUGCGGGUGGCUGGGGCGGCUGUCCCGCGAGCUGCACUGGAGCUUCGUGCUCGCGGUCGUCGCCGUCUACGGCGCCUGCCAGGGCGUCGGCAACGCCAUCGGCGGAGUCGCCGCGGCGUACUACUGGAAGGACGUGCAGCGCGUGCAGCCUUCGGCGGCCCAGUUCUACCAGGGCGUCACGGACGCGCCGUGGAUCGUCAAACCCAUCUGGGGCCUGCUCACCGAUGUCGUCCCCGUGGUCGGGUUCCGCCGCCGCCCAUACUUCGUUCUCGCAGGCGUGAUUGGCGUGUCAUCUAUGCUCAUGCUUUCCCUAAACCACGAGCUGGGGAUCGUUCCGGCAUUGCUGAUGCUGAUAGCGCAGAGUGCGGGUGCCGCAAUAGCCGACGUGACGGUGGACGCUCUGGUUGCUCAGAAUAGCAUCACGCACCCGCCCCUUGCUGCUGAUAUGCAAAGCUUGUGUGGGUUUAGCUCCUCUGUUGGGGCGUUGCUUGGAUUCUCCUUAAGUGGCUUGCUUGUGCACUCGAUGGGCUCCCAGGGGGCUCUUGGUCUGUUGAGUAUCCCAUCUGCACUGGUGUUAUUAGCUGGCAUUCUGCUGAAGGAGAACCGUGGUACAGAAUUUGAUUACAUGCAGGUUCACAAGAAGUUCUACAAAGCAAUACAAUCCAUGGGAAGAACACUGAAGUGCCCCGAGGUCUGGAGACCAUGUGUAUAUAUUUUUGUUUCUCUCAAUUUAAGCCUGGAUAUUCAAGGAGGAAUGUUCUAUUGGUACACGGAUGCUGUUGUUGGACCAGGAUUUUCUGAGGGAUAUAUUGGUCUCAUCUAUUCAAUUGGUUCAGUUGGUUCACUAAUUGGAGUUUUACUAUACCAAAGCGCACUAAAGGACUAUCCUUUUCGGAGCAUGCUAUUAUGGGGUCAAGUGCUCUCAAGUCUAGCAGGAAUGCUUGAUCUGGUGUUAGUGACCCGGCUAAACCUGAAAAUUGGCAUGCCGGAUUACUUCUUUGCAGUGGCUGAUAACGCAGUUUCCCAAAUGGUUGGUAGGCUCCAAUGGCUACCACUACUUGUGCUUUGCUCCAAGCUUUGUCCUCCCGGCACUGAAGGAACAUUUUAUGCAUUACUCAUGUCUCUACAAAAUGCCGGGUUGCUGAUGUCUGCUUGGUGGGGUGGCCUGCUGCUGCACAUGCUGAACGUGACCCGAAUGGAGUUCAGUAACCUCUGGAUCAUCGUCUUGAUUAGAAACACAUCAAGGCUUGUCCCUUUAAUGCUACUGUUUCUUGUGCCUGAUUGUGAUCAGAACUCAACACUCCUGCCUGCAGAGAUGCUUCAUGGCAAUGAAUCAACAGAAACCACAAAAAAUGGAUCAAAUCAGUUUUCUAUUCUUGUUGGGGACAAUUCUGGCUGCAUUUCUCCUGGUGUGGCAGUUGAUAACGAGCAAAUCAAAAUGAUAGAUGCUGAAACUGAUGAUGUCGAAUUGAUCCCAUUGGUUAACAAGAGCGGGCUGACCGUCUCAUGAUGCGUUGAAUCCAGGAUCCUUAUGCUGAUUCUACUACUGGUUCUUUCCAGCCUGUUGUUGAAGACGGGAAGACUUUUUUUACUGUGACAUGAAAGACAAAGGGAACUGAAGCAUUGGAUAAUGAAGGCAGAUGAGAUACUGUUACAGGGGUAUAGUUUCAAAAAAGAUACUGUUACAGGGGUGAGGGCACCAGUCAUUUGCUGGAGUUGAUCGAGCUCAACCGUACUUUCAUGGUACAUGCUGUAGUUGUUAAUUUAGUUCAAUUCCUUCUGUCACCCUAGAUGAGCAACUGACUGACCACAAUGUUUCUUGUUAUAGAAAGUCCAUUCUUUACUCAAUUUUUUUUUAAAAAAAGGAGAAAACAUCUGGCUUUUAGAAAGCAAUAGAAUACACGGUUUUACAAAAGAAAACGCUGGGGACUCCAGCUACCCAGGCAAACCAGACAGCCUUGUUUAGCAAAACACUUAGAACAUCUGCUGCUAUAUUGAAUAGUAGAGUUGAAAGAGGGUCUCCCUGUCUCAACCCUUGGAAACUUUUAAAGAAUUCACUCCUGUCAUUUACAUUUACGCAAACUCUAGCCCAUUGCACAUAUUACUCAGUUUCAAGCACAAGUCCUUUGGCCCCCAAUGUAAACAAACCGGAAUUACAGUAAUGCGUUUCACAGAAUCAGUCUAACU